AUGGAAUUCGUCAAGUUUGGCGAUGUAGAAUCAGUGCAUGCAGCCAACGCUAAGCACGGUAUCAGCGACAGCCGCAUCAGCCAGAUUGGGCCUGAUAUCGGUGCAUCUUUGCCCCCCUUCUGGACCUACAGCCACGAGCUCCUUCCCUCUCGCAACACAUCAUGGACCAAUGUUUCGCUUCUCACCAAUGCCUGGACUGGCGUCACACCGGCUGUCAUUCAACACGACAUGCGCCACUACGCCACCAGCGGCUCCCUGCGCGAAACGUGGUGGUCCAAUAUCUGGUACCAAAAGUACGCUCGCAAGAUGUUCGACGUGCACAUUCAAAUUCCCAUUGGUGCCGUCGCCGUCUCUGGCUAUGAUGCUGCAUCUCGCCGUCAAUGGUGGGGUAUCGAAGAUUGGAAGGGUGGUGCAAGAAACGAGACCAAGUUCUGGUGGAGAUAUGAAGAUGUGUGCGGAGGUACCGAGACUGAAGUCUUCAGAGACAGCAAGGGUCCGUGGUACUUGCCAUCUAACCACUAG